AUGGCCACUUUGAAGGUUUUGGAUGGUGCGGAUUGUGUUAUGCUGUCUGGUGAGACUGCAAAAGGAGAUUAUCCGGUCGAGGCUCUGAAGAUCAUGCACUUCAUCUGCAAGGAGGCAGAAGCUGCCUGCUAUCAUCGCAAGUUAUUCGAAGAGCUGCUUGUGAAUACUCCACGACCUACGGACGUGACGCAAACGAUUGCGAUCGCUGCCGCCAGUGCCGCUGCAAGCUGUAACGCAUCCGCCAUCCUUCUUAUCACCACUACAGGACGCUCUGCUCUCUGUUGCUCAAGAUACAAGAGUCCGGUUCCAGUGCUCACAAUCUCUCGUAGUGCAGCUGUUUGUCGCCAGUUGCAUCUCUACAGGUUGGUGGAAGUCGAUGGAUUAGCGUUUCACUUUUGGUAUCGCGAGGGAGAAGUGCAGCUGUUGUAG